CGUCGACAUUCCCUUCGCUACCUCUUUAAAGCACCUCUCCCUCCCCUCUGCCCCCGAAAAAGAAAGGGGGAGGGAGGCGACAAAACGCUCUUGCUUCCCUACCUCUCUCGAGUCCCUUCUUCUUGCCUUUCGGGAGGGGCCCAAGCCGAAGAAGCGAGGGGGAACUAGAGUAGCGGAACCCCGCGAGUGGGGGACUAUUAUUAUUUCUUCACCAACCUGGCCAGCGAACACGUCCUACUGUUAGAGUCUUGCCCACCCUUCCUAUCGCUGCUACUUUUUGCCUCUCCCUGUCUUUUUUUUUCUUCUUACCUCCCGAUAUGGCGAAAAAUAUGGAGGACGCCGAGUUCUGGCUUCCGUCCGAGUUCCUCUGCGACGAUUUCUUCCUCGAAGGAGACGAGACCACUGAGCCGGAAGCAGAGGUUGCUGGGGCAUCCUUCUCCUCUCAGCUUUUCUCCGGCUCCGACUCGAAUCCGAGCUCUACGGUGGAGUCUCUGACCGGGACGGAGAGCGAGGAGGAGAGCUACAUGGCCUGUCGGACCCAAAAGAUGGCUCGCUCCUUUUUCCAGGACGACGAGGGAUCCCCUCUUUUGCCCGGUGACAAGGUAAAGAUGACACGAGACGUUAUGGCUGGCUCGCCACAGUGUACUCUGAGCCCCUGGUCGGCAUCCGGGAAAGGGAAUCCCAGUGGCCCAUCUAUGGUCUCCUCCCCUCCGUCGACUCCGCUAGAGCAGUACAAGGAUGACGCCUGGGAUCUGCUCUACGAUCCGGCGUGGCAGGUGAGGCGGCUGAGGCUCAACGACCCCAGCAACAAGCAGCACGACUUGCAGGGCCGCGGGCUCUUGAGGAAGCCUCCUGCUCCGAUUUCCGCCGCUUCCGACAACCACAGCACCGGCUACCACGACACGCUUCUCACCCAACAGCAGUUACAGGCGGCUCAAUUUCGUCAUCUGAGGCAGCAGCAGUUAGUGAAGGAGAGGGAGAGCAGAGCGAGGGGCGGCAGCUGCGUCGGGGGUUAUGGAGAGGAAAAGCGGUACGGCCGGCCUCUUGGCUUGCCGCCUUCGGCAUGGCCACCUCUUCAGAAGCCUCAGCGGCAACCCCGACCCGGUUCGGGGAUGAGGGCGGUUUUUCUGACCGGCGCUGGCGUUAGAAAGGAGUCAACCGGCACGGGAGUUUUCUUGCCCCGGAGAGUCGGCGCUCCAACCGAGUCGAGCGAGAAGCCAGGUAUACAUGCACUCGCUUGCUGGACCGUACUUCUUCCGGCACGAGUGGUUCAGGCUCUUAACUUGAAUCCGGAGGAAUCGGGGGCCCGGCAAGGUUAUCCGGCUGGCUUUGUUCUCGAUCAUGAUGUGCUUUUGGACCGAGCCAACACCGCCUUUUCCCAGCAGAAGCGCAGCCACUUCCGUCCCCAGCACCCGGUCGUUGCGAGCGAUGACAUACGUCUCCCACCGGAAUGGACGUACUAACCCUCUCCACUUCUAACCUCUUGCCUACUGAUGGUAGUCUUGGAGUAGGCAUCGGUACCAAGUAGACGAAAAGUUAAAAAGGAGCAGCAUCGAGUGUUGCUUUUAGUAGCCUAGGAAGGAAUACUAUUGUUGGAUUUGGGGAUGGAGGAAGUGCACGGAAGACUGAGGUCUCAAGUAGUUUGCCUCCGUGUAGGGAAUGGAAGGAGGGACAGUAGUGGAGGAAGAAAUAAGCCAUGUUUUGAUGUUCUGGAGAAGAAUUAGGACUGGGGUGCUUAUCCAAUAAGACACUUUUCUGGUGUUCAUUUCGGGACUCCACCACCUGACCUGCUUCUCUCUUUUGCAGCCUUUUUUGACUUGCAAAAAGCACGGACACUUGAGCUUGAGGAGGAAUAAGCAAAACGUCUUAUUUGUUCUAGUUUCUCGCUUUUGUAUUUUUGGUAUGAGGAUGGAAGUUAGGAAGGCCAUAUACAAUUGUGUAAUUGUCUGCUGUAUGUUCUAUCAAUCCAUAUCUUAUGGAAAGAAGGGUUUAAUAUAUCAUCCUUAGAAGAGAAAAAGAAAAAAAAAAGGAAAAAUGACCUUGUCUUCUUGU